UCUUUCCUUUCCCAAAUCUCAUCUCUCUUUCGUUCCUUGUUCACACGACUCUUUCCUUUCCCAAAUCUCUCUUCUCUUUCCUCUCUCCCGGUCCCCUUCCUCCAUCCUUCACCGGCUCGACCAGUAAUCAAUCUCUCUCCAUCUACAGCCACCAUAAAAAAUCAGUCAAAGUUUCCCUCUGGCAUUUUCAAUUUUGGGUCAAAACAACAGGCUACCGAUAGUCUUAGCUUCCAUCCUCAAUCUCUUGCUCCUUCUUCUUGCUCCCGCUGCUGUUGCUGUGUCGUUUUACCCUCUGUAAAUUUGCGUCUCAAUCAGUUUAGCUUUUUAAAACCCCUUUCCCUUUUCAAAUUUUACCCUAAAAGAUUAAGCAUUUCAAAACUUUCAUAUUCAUUUUUUUUAAUUUUUUUUUUAAAUUCUGAAAGUAGUUUACAGAUGAACCCUAGCUUUCAUUCUCUAGCAUGUAAACGAUGUAUUCUAAAUCUGAUCCCAAAAAUUAGGGUUUCAAAUCUCUUAACUUUACUAUUUUAAAUCAUUUUUGUUGUUGUGAAUUAAUUAUUAUUAGUUUGAAAAUGAAGAGAUUGAGAUCAAGUGAUGAUCUUGAUUCUUAUAACGAGAAAAGCUCAGUCAAGGAUUCAAAUCCAAGUAGAUCAUCUAGAAGUUUCUAUCACAAAUCUGAUAAUGUGCGCAAAGGAUUGGUUUCCUCGUCAUCAUCCUCUAGCCGUUACGAUCGAGACCGAUCUACUGAUGAGGAUAAUAGAGAGAGCUCCAGAAUGGUUAGGAAGCGAUCAGAUCAUGAAUUUGAUAGCUUUGAUAGGAGAAAAGGGUUAGGGUUAGGGUUUGAUAGGUAUGGCAGUGGAGGAGGUAGUAGUAAUAGCAGAGAAGGUUAUUGUGGAAGUGGUGGUGGUGGUGGUAAUGAUAGGGUUAUUCAUCGACCGGAGAGUUUAGCUGGGUCGAGGAGGGAGUUUCCUAAAGGGUUUAGGUCGGAGAGGGAAAGGUCAAGGAGAGAAGUGAGUGUUUCGUCGUGGAGGAGGUUUGGGAGUAAGGAAUUUGAGGAGAGUAGAGGUGGUAGUGGUAGAGGUGGAAAUGAGGAGAGGAUGGGGAGUGCUAGGUCUUCUCCUAAGGGGUUGAGAGAUGUUGUUAGGUCACCUUCUUGGUCCAGGGAUUCUGGGAGUGAGCAAACUAGAGUGGCGAGAGGAAGUGGCAGUGGGAGGGAUGAGGCGAAAGUGAAGUCUUCGAAUUCCAAGUCUAGGUCUUCACCCACGUGGUCGAAGGAUUCGGGGAGUGAGCAAUCUAAGAGUGUGGAGGUGGGGAAGAAAAGCGAAGCAGAGACAAAGAGUGUUGAGGUAGAGGCUAAAAGUGUGGAGAUGGAGGUGAAGGUUGUUCAGAGUGGGAAUUGUAGCGAAAUAGAAGAAGGGGAGCUUGAGCCAGAGCCUGAUUCAGUUCCUAAAGUUGCCAAGGAAGAUGAGAAUGAUAAUGUAAAUGAAGAGCUAGAGAAUGUUAAAGUAGAUAUUGAUCAGAGGAAGGUUGAGAUUGAGGCUGAAGUUAAGGAGCUAGUAAAUGAAGAGACAGGGUCCCAUAAAGAAAAUGUUAAUGAGGGGAAGGAUGUGGUGAAGGAAGCUGGUGAGAUGCCAAAUGUUGAGGAGAAUUCAAAUGAUAGUGUUAGUGAGGAUGAAGUUGGAAAUAUGGAUGGCGAUGGAGAUACCAAGGACAACAAGAGUUUGAUGGAAAGAGUUGAGUGCAGGGGGGAGGUAAGUAAGAAUAUGAUUGUUGAGGAGUCUUUGAAUUUGGAGGAGAAUAAUAAACAAGAUAAGGGUAUUGAUCUCGAGGUGAAGGCAGAUGAUGUUGAAGUUACAGAGUCAAACAAGGAAACUGUGAAGGAAAAUGGAGGAACUGAAGUGAAUAUAAAUAUGGUGACAGAGAUUUCGAGUCAGAAUGUGAAGGACAAAGGCAAAAGUGUGGCUGUUUCACCGAUCAAUGCUCCUGAUUCCGCAGAAGAUGGUACAUGGGCUGAAAGAGAAUCGAGAAAUGUUGCAACUUUCAGGAAUGGGGAAGAUGAUAUGGAAGGGCCAAGUACUAGGGGAUUUGAGUUGUUCUCUACCUCUCCUGUUAGAAGAGUCGAGAAAGCAGAGGAAUCGAGUGGUAUCAAAUCGAAAGAUGAAAAGCUGCUGUUGGAACCGCUUGAUCUUUCUCUUAGCUUACCGGAUGUUUUGUUGCCUGUUGGUGCAACCGGAGACACAGGCCAGGCUCCUGGUUCUCCAAGUCAUGGGAGAAGUGUUCAGUCUUUUAGUUCAUUUCGAACAAAUUCAGAUGGGUUUACUGCAUCAAUGUCCUUUUCAGGUUCUCAGUCAUUUUAUCACAAUCCAAGCUGUUCUCUAACUCAGAAUUCCUUGGACAUGGACAACUAUGAACAAUCUGUUCACAGCCGGCCCAUAUUUCAGGGUAUUGAUCAAACACAUUGGCAGGGUCAGACUCAAAAUGAUUCCAAGUAUAAAGAUGUUCCCUUGUAUCAAAAAAUUUUGAUGAAUGGAAAUGGCUCUCUUCAUCAGCCUCAAGCAGUGCCAGGUUUGUCAAAUGGUCAAGCUUUGCAAGGAACCUCUAAAAUGCACAAUGAACUUGAAAGACAAUUGAGUUUUCAAAGACAGUUGCCGGGGGGGCAGGCAAGGAACCAUGAUGACACUAGAUCCCCUUCUCAAAGUGUGGGAUCUCAUGAUAUUGGUUCAUCUUAUAGCUUUGAGAAGAAGCGUGCCAUGAAAGAGAAACAUGGCAGUAGCUUAUAUAGAAGUAAUAGCCAGAAGGAACUAGAGCAAUUCUCGAUAGGUGGAGCUGAUUUUGUUGAGACCAUCAUUGGCAGAAUAGUUUCUGAGCCCAUUCAUGUGAUGGCUAAGAAAUUCCAUGAAAUGACAGCACAAUCUGCAUCGUGUUUGAAGGAGAGUAUUCGAGAGAUUUUGUUAAAUGCCAAUAAGCAAGGACAAGCAUGUGCAUUCCAAAGCAUGCUGCAGAACAGGUCUGAGUUAACCUUGGAUAUGCUGUUGAAAUCCCAUCGUGUUCAACUGGAAGUCUUGGUUGCUUUGCGAACGGGGUUGCCGGAGUAUCUUCAAGUAGACAGUGGUAUUUCAUCUUCUGAUUUGGCUGAGGUUUUCCUAAACUUGAGGUGCAGAAAUCUGACAUGUCAAAGUCAUUUGCCUGUGGAUGAAUGUGAUUGCAAAGUUUGUGUGAAGAAGAAUGGUUUUUGCAGUUCAUGUAUGUGUCUUGUGUGCUCAAAGUUUGACAUGGCAUCUAAUACAUGCAGCUGGGUUGGGUGUGAUGUUUGCCUUCAUUGGUGUCAUGCUGAUUGUGCACUGCGAGAAGCUUGCAUUAGGAAUGGAAGGAGUGUGAGUGGUGCUCAAGGGACUACUGAGAUGCAGUUCCAUUGUGUUGCCUGCGAUCAUCCUUCUGAGAUGUUUGGCUUUGUGAAGGAGGUUUUCCAGAACUUCGCAAAAGAUUGGACAGCAGAGACAUUUUGCAGAGAACUUGAAUAUGUCAAGAGAAUUUUCUGUGCCAGCAAGGAUUUGAGAGGGAGACGGCUGCAUGAAAUAGCCGAUCAGAUGCUGGCAAAAUUGGCAAAUAAGUCCAUUCUUCCCGAGGUGUAUAAUUAUAUAAUGGGUUUCCUGACUGAAAGUGAUCCAUCCAAGUUUGGCAACGCAUCUGGUUUCUCUGGAAAGGAACAAGGAAAUGGAAGCAAUGGCAUCAUUGGUGGACCUAGCCAGGAUACUGCAUGGUUCAAAUCUGUCUAUGCUGAAAAAACUCCUCAAUUGGAAAGAUCAACUAGCUUCCAUUCUGAUUUGAAUGAUAAACGCCCUGUUGAGUCCGAGUUGUUGAGAAGUGCCCAAAAAGAGCCACUUUUUGAUGAACUGGAGAGCAUUGUCAGAAUCAAACAGGCUGAAGCUAAGAUGUUCCAAGCACGUGCUGAUGAUGCUAGAAGAGAAGCUGAGGGCCUGAAACGAAUUGUGAUUGCAAAGAGUGAAAAAAUUGAUGAAGAGCAUGCAGGUAGACUCUCAAAACUGCACAUAGUUGAGGCUGAGGAAAUGCGGAGACAAAGAUUUGAAGAAUUUCAGUCCCUGGAAAGAGCUCAUCGGGAAUACUACAGUAUGAAGAUGAGGAUGGAAGCAGAUAUUAAGGACCUCUUGUUAAAAAUGGAAGCUACAAAACGAAACCUCACCAUGUGAUCUCUGCAGUGUAGGAUUUUGCAUGAGAAAGUCAUCGAGUCGAGUAAAUUUACUCUUUAGAACUGCACUAGUGUAUCUGCAAUGUAGCAAUAUGGCACCCAUUUGCUGUUUCACAGAUUGGAGGUGUAUCUUUUGGUCCAUUCUGUCUCCCCCCUCACUGCUAACAUGAAUUUGUACAGAAACUGCAAAACCUCUAUAUGCUGUAAGCCGCUCCCUUUUAUGGAAGCAGUUUGAAAGAGAGAUGAUAGAUCAGCUUCUCAUAA